GCUGCAGCCAUCGCGAGCAUCGGUCCGCAUGCAACCGUUCAGCUCGGCGAUGACUGCUUGCCGGCAAUCCCCGAGCUGAUGUCGGUGCUAGAUUCGCCGUCAGUCCGACAGGCAACCUCAGCCGUUCUUGGCGAGGACUAUUUGCUUCACGGGCAUCGUCACCUCCACGUCAGCUCCGCAAAAGAGCAGAUGUGGCACAAGGAUUCCUACUGGGGCUUCCGGCGCAUGCGCCAUCAUCGCCCUCGUUGGUGCAUGAUGCUGUACUACCCGCAAGAGACGACACUGGAGAUGGGGCCAACUCAUGUUCUGGCAGGCUCGCAGUACUGGACGAUUGACACGGAGAAGGUUUCCCAGGGAGAAGACAUCCUACCAGAUGCCUCUGGUCAUGUGUCCAUGUUCGUGGAGGGCAGCCGCCCAGAAAGGCGACAACGGCUCCAGGAAGCCGAGCAGCAUCUUCUUGGCCCAUCAGCUACCCGUGCCGAAGUUCUCGCUGAG